AUGUCUAGCUCCUCAAACAACAACUACACUGGGCAAGACCAGCCAGUGGCCGCUUAUCCAAACUCUAGCGCACUAGAAAGCUCUAGUGCUCAAAUUAAUGAGAAGUUGCACAACCAACUCGUCAAAAGCGUGAAAGAGAGUGUUGCUGAUUUUAAGUUGAAAUUAAAAGCCCAGUCUUCUGAGCAACCAAAACCAUAUACUCGAAGGCCCACCACUCCGGCUGGUCAAUCAACUGCAGUGCGUUUCAAACUGCCGGAAGCUUUUGAUUGGGAUAAUCUUGACGUUGCGAAGAGAGAGAGAGAGAGAGAGAGAGAGAGGAGAGAGAGAGAGAGAGAGAGGGAGAAGGUGUCGACUGUUUUGGUGCCCCCAGAGGCAAACCAGAAUCCAAAUACUCAGACCGAACGGAAGUUCUCUUUCUCUCAAAGACUUGGAGGCUGGAGUAUUGUGCGGACAAGGAGAGAGAAUGGAAGAAAUUCUGACAUGUGUUACCGGCAUGAAGGAGCAAAAUGGACCUUUCGAUCUAUUCGUGAAGUCGUCAGAUAUAUCAUGUACGAAGAAGACCCAGCCAAGAAGAAAGGAAAAGAAGAGGAACAAGGCGAAGAUGGGUCUGAGAGUAAGAGGAGUCGAAAGACGAACCUUAAUCAUUAUAAUGAUAGCGGAGUUAAGAAGUCUCCUCCAAGCAAUAUGGAAAUGGGCGGCCCCGGUCACGGGAUGAAUAAUAUUACAACUCAUGAUGUUCCAAUGAUCGAUGAUCAAGAGUUGUGGGCCAAUGCACCCUUCACAACUGAUGAUGGUCCAACGGUUGCAGAUGGUCAAACCAUCUGGGAUGAUCUAUAUCUUCUUUUGAAGUGUCCUCCAUCCCCGUAA